CGCCGGCCCGGGGAGGGUGGGGGCUAGCGCCGCCCGAGCUUUGCCCGAAGGAGCGGUUCUCUUUGGUCAGCGCAGCUGCCAAUCAAGUGAGAUGAUCCCUGCCCACUUCCCCGCCGGCCCGCGGAGGUGCAGGUAGCGCUGCCGAGUUUAUUGUUGCGGUUGCCGGCGCCGCUCAACUUUUCCCCCGGCCCCCUGCGUGGCGACCGGCUGUGCUGCCCAGCCCCGAUGAGGAGCCGCCGCCCCGGGCUGGGGCGCGGGGGCUGGAGGGGAGCUCGCAGUAGCCUGCUGGCAGCUGCCUCAGGUUUAGAAUCUAGUUACUGGAGAUCAGCCUAGAAUUUGUCUUCUUCCCACUGCUACAGCAGGGAAAAUGCAUCUGCUCGUACAUUUUUAUUAAAGGAUGAUGAGGAAGGAAACCAAAAAUUAUUGCAGAUAGAUGGACUACUUGUUUCACCUGGCAUCUUCAAUAACCUGUCAUUGGCCAAUGCUACAGAGAGGAAUAUCCCUGGGACACUGAGGAUGCCAUUGGAAUGCAUUUGGGUAUAAACAAUGACUUGCCUUUCACAUGUCUUCCACUACAUUUGCUUAAAGCCCUUCUGAACGUCUUCUAAUUGAACUGGUUCAAACCAAACUGUCUCUGGGAUCAUGAGUGAAGAAAAGAACCUUGGUGUAUCCCAGAAAAUGUUGUCACCUUCAAGAAGUACCAGCAGUUGCUCCUCCAAGCAUGGAAGUAGACAGGACAGCUGGGAAAUUAUAGAAGGAUUGCGGGGAGUUGUGAAUUGCACCCUGGAGCCACAGAAACAGGAAGGCUACUUGUUGAAAAAGAGAAAAUGGCCCCUAAAAGGCUGGCACAAGAGAUACUUCUUUUUGGCUGGAGGAAUUUUGAAAUAUUCCAAGUGUCAAGCUGAUAUAGAGAGGGGGAAGCUUCAUGGCUGCAUUGAUGUUGGACUCUCAGUGAUGUCUGUAAAGAAAUCCACAAAAUGCAUAGAUUUGGAUACAGAAGAGCAUAUAUACCAUCUGAAGGUGAAAUCUCAGGAAGUAUUUGAAGAAUGGGUAGCAAAACUUCGUCACCACAGAAUGUAUCGUCAAAAUGAAAUCUCCAUGUUUCCACUUGAUGUCAAUAAUCAUUUUUUCCCAACAUCUACCACAGACUCUGUCCCUAGUGCAUUUGACUCUACUUCAAGUAGAAAGGCAAGGAGCAUAACAAAACAGAAUUCAGUGCAAACUGGAAGCAGCUUAUCAUUUUCCUGUACAAGUAGCGAGUCCAGGAUACCUUCUUGGCUACAGUCUUCUGAGGAUAUGGAAAAAUGCUCAAGAGACCUCUCCCAUUGUCACACAUAUUUACUGGAAAUGAACCAGCUGUUGCAGAGCAUGGAAGUUCUCCACAGAACCUAUUCAGCACCUGCUAUAAAUGUUAUACAGGGUGGAUCUUUUGAAAGUCCAAAAAAGGAAAAAAGGACACACAGAAGAUGGCGGUCCAGAGCUAUUAAUAAAGAUGCUAAGGGAAUGUUACAGGUGCCUUCAGUAUUUUCUGCCCCUCUGAGACUGCAUGCUUCCAAUCCAAAUUUGUCUACAAUAGAUUUUGUGGAAGAGAAAAAUUACUCUGAUGGCUUGGAAACAUCAGCGGAAUUUUCUAAAAUGCAAGAAGACUUGUGUCAUGUUGCGCAUAAAGUGUACUUCACCUUAAGGUCAGCUUUUAGUACACUAUCAACUGAAAGAGAAAAGCUAAAGCAGAUGUUGGAACAAGAUGCAUCCUCGUCUCCAUCUGCACAGAUAGCUGGACUGAAGAAUGCUUUAUCAUCCGCCAUAGCACAAAACACAGAUCUUAAAGACCGGUUACGCAGAAUACAUGCCGAAUCUAUGCUCCUUGAUUCAGCAGCUAAUGCAAAAUCAAGUCCCGAUUUGGUUAAGGAAAAUUCAGGAGAAGAAAGCAGAGGCCUAGUUCACCAGGUCUCCAAUGAAAGUAGACUGUCUAUCACCGACUCUCUCACAGAGUUCUUUGAUGCACAGGAAGUCCUGCUGUCAGCUAGCUCUUCAGAAAAUGAGGUAUCAGAUGAUGACUCAUACGUCAGCGAUAUAAGUGAUAACAUCUCUGAGGAUAACCUAAGUAAUGACAUUGAGAAUGAAAGGCAAACUUUGGUCGCUGUGGGGGAAAUCAGGAUAGAAUGCCAUUCUGAACGGAGGACAUGUUUGCCAGCACCAUGUCCUAAUACAAGUAACAUUAGCCUAUGGAAUAUCCUGAGAAACAACAUUGGAAAGGAUCUCUCCAAAGUGGCCAUGCCUGUUGAAUUAAAUGAGCCACUUAACACUCUUCAACGUCUCUGUGAAGAACUGGAAUACAGUGAGCUAUUAGAUAAAGCAGCACAUACUCCAGAUCCAUUUGAAAGGAUGGUGUAUGUGGCUGCUUUUGCAGUAUCUGCAUAUGCAUCCAGUUACUACAGAGCUGGAAGUAAGCCAUUUAAUCCUGUACUUGGAGAAACCUAUGAAUGUAUCCGUGAAGAUAAGGGCUUCCAAUAUUUUUCAGAGCAGGUGAGUCAUCACCCACCUAUUUCUGCAUGUCAUGCUGAAUCUGCAAAUUUUGCUUUUUGGCAAGAUAUGCGUUGGAAAAACAAAUUCUGGGGAAAGUCCAUGGAAAUUGUUCCAGUUGGUACAACACAUGCAACUCUGCCAGCUUUUAGAGAUCAUUUUGUGUGGAACAAGGUGACAUCCUGCAUCCAUAACAUCUUGAGUGGGCAAAGAUGGAUUGAACACUAUGGAGAGAUCAUCAUCAAAAAUCUGAAUGAUGACACUUGUCAUUGCAAACUGACUUUCAUGAAGGCAAAAUAUUGGAGUCCUAACGUGCAUGAGAUUGAAGGCAGUGUUAUAAAUAAAAAUGGGAAAGUAGUGCACCGCUUCUUUGGAAAAUGGCACGAGAGUUUGUACUAUGGGACCUCAUCUUCUCCAAGUUGCAUAUGGAGAGCAAAUCCAAUGCCUAAAGAUUAUGAGCAGUGGUAUGGAUUUACACAGUUUGCAUUAGAAUUAAAUGAAUUGGACCCACAAACAAGACCAUUACUGCCAGCCACUGACACACGUUUUAGGCCAGACCAAAGGCUUUUAGAGGAAGGGAAUACUGAAGGAGCUGAAAUGCAAAAGCAGAGGAUUGAGCAACUACAGAGGGAACGGCGAAAAGUUCUAGAAGAAAACAAUUUGGAGCAUCAUCCUAGAUUUUUCAGGAAAUCCAUAGAUGACUCCUGGGUGAGUAAUGGAACAUACCUGGACCUUAGAAAAGACCCUGGCUUUUCCAAACUGGACAGUCCUGUUCUUUGGUGAAAGAGGACCCAAGAGGAUAUGUGGCUGGAUUGUUCUGAUUAAUUUAUAAAGCAGUACACAUGUGUGCAUGCACACACACAAGUACACAUACACACAUGUAUAUAUAAAAUAUAUCUUCUAGAAUUGUGCUUAAGUUAGAAUCUGACACUUUCUUCAUUUGAUUGCUCUACUAUUUGAUAGUUAUCAUGAUUGAAUGUAUAAAAUCCCAAAUUUCCUUUUUAUAAGCUAUUUAAUAAAAACUAUCAAAUGGAAAUGGCCAGAGGGAAAAGAGGAGCUUUAACACUACUUUUCCAAUGAGUAAUAAUGCAAGUUCAAAUUUAAUGUAUGCCUUAUUGAAUUGUGCUGAAUAAAAUAUUAGCAUCUCCUAGCUGAACUAAGAGACUUGAACAGGAACCAUGGUUACUCAAACUGUAGGAUGGCACUAUGGUUUGCAUGAGUAGACCAGUGGUCUCUCAGGCAGUGUUCACUUCCUUGAAACAAAGAACAUCAGCUGGUGAUGACUCUGUGGUAAUCCAUUUUCCUCUAGAGAAGAUUCAGUAAACUGAUUUUUUUUUUCUGGUUGUUACUGGCUCAUUGAAAGAGUGCUGAGUAAAAUCAGUAUUGUAUUGGUCGUUCUGCUGCCUUACAUACAGAAUUGUACCCUGCUACAUAUAGUGCUAUAUGUUCAGGAAUCACUGUACCUUCCCACUAGGUAUCUUCAAAUUUAUAGCCUCUAAAAAGGCAAAAUUCCUUUCAUGGUUAAUGCUUCAGCACUGAUCAGAUGAUAGAAGAUGUUCUCUUUUCCAGUAAAUAAAAAUUACAUAGAGCACGAAAGCUUAUGCUUCCAUAGCCUGACUUAUUUCUACUAACUAAAAAAAAUUGCAACAGGAAGACUUUUUAAAAACUUAGCUAAAUAACCAGUUGUUUUAAGGUAAAAGAUGUUUUCUUAAAUAUUAUUUUUGAUAUUUUCUACCUCUUAUUAUAAGCAGCAUAUUUAAAAUCUUGUAUAAAAAGUACCAUCUGCCUUAUAGUGAAAUGUAUGGAAUCUUUGCUCUUCCUUUACCUGUUUGUUGUGUUCAGAUAAAUAUUUAAGUGUCUUGCACUAAAUUGUUUGGAUCUCUUUCCUGUCCUCUCCAUUUAUAUGGAUAGUAUUUUUUCAUGAGUAUAAACUACAUGUCCAGCAAAUUGUAGUAGGAAAAAGAUGCAAAGAAAAUUGCAUUUUUACAUAGAGAUGGAGGGUGUUGGGUGUUGUUCCUCUCCCCUCCCCUCCCCUCCUCCCCCAACCUGAAGUCGCAGGAAUACAAUAACAAUCUCUGGCACAGUUUUACAUUCCUGCCCAAACUAGAACACAAGCUCAGCCCAUAAUCGUACCGAUCUAGUGUAUGCAAAUCCUGUGGGAGAUGGAUAGUAGUAAUGAAGUGUUUGCACUCUUAAGGUUCAACUUUAUUUUUUGCAUUUAAGCUACUAAGGGAUGGUUUAAGGUUAAUAGCAUGUAUUAAAGCCCAAGGGACUUUGCCAAUGCUGCCCUGUAUAGCCAACUUAUUAUUGGAAGUAAUAAGCAGAAGAUGUAAGAGCUAAGGAAACUUCAGAGGGAUCAACAGCUCUGAAAAGCUUCCAAUCUACUGUAGAUCCUCACAGUUUUUAAAGAAAAAUUAUUCCUGCAAACACUUGGAUGAGUGUAUUGUAUGAUGUAUGACAUUAAACAGAUACCAUAAAAAUUUCCAGUUUAAAACAGUUCUGUGAUUUCAGUUCAGAUUUAUUAUUUAAUUUUGCCUGCUAGCAUCUUUGAUGCUUCACUUCAUCAAUUUGGAGCCCAGCUGUUAUAUCAGCAGUUUCAGUCCCUUUGCACUGUAGAUCUUUUUCACUCAUAGUUGCAGCAUAUUCCCUAAGCAUAGUUCUUUUUAUUUAAUUUAUCCUUUAAAUAUAUAGAACACAGUACCUGUUUAAAGAUCCAGCAGAUUAAAAUAGUGUGUUCAGCUUAAUGCAAAAGAUGGAAAAAAGCUGGGUUUUAUAACUCAAAGGGAAAACUGAUCCACUGGGCACAGUUAAACUUUGAGAGAAAACAAAGGAAUCUGGACUGUCAGAUCCCCUGUUGUUUUAUUCUUGCAUUAUCAAACUCUGGCUCAGGAAUUAUUUGGUGUUUCUAGUGUCUCUACAACUUCUAGUUACCACUCACCCCAACCACAGUCUCUGGGCCUUUUCCCCCUUACAAAAUUUAGAAAGAAGAAAAUUCUCAAGUAAAGUAUAUGAAGGAAACUAAAAUAGUAGCUUUUUCCUUGUUACAAUUGUUAGAUGUUACCAUUGCUGUCUGCUGUGACCAUUAUUGUUAUAUCAUCUGUAUACUAUGUAAAUUUUUUCAAACCUAUAGUAAUGCAUAAUUCAGUAUUCCCGCAUCAGCCUUGGGAGCAGGUGCAGGGACAGGAAACCUGCCUGCUGAACCUGACUCCCCACACACUUGCUCCUUGCAGCCCUUGCUCCAGCUGGCUGAGCUAGUGGUGACAGUGGCCAGAGGCAUACAUAGAAAGGGCAGGUUUUGUGGGGAAUGGGAUGGGAGGUGCUGCUGAGUAUGGAGGGGACCGGAUGUGGUGCCGAGAGUUGGUGGGGAGGGAAACUUAUGUAAGGGACUUUUUUAAAGUGCCUGGCACCUGCUCCCAUGCCAUGGUCUGCCUGCCCUGGUGCAGGGGAGGGUGGCUGGGAGCAGGGGAAUGCAGUCAGCCAUGGCACUGGUUGCUAUUCCCACAUGUCCCUUUUUUAAAUCCUGGAUUCACCUAUGCCUGCAGCACAAAUGCAAUUGGUAAAGGAUGCCUGAAAGAGUUAGUUUAAUUCCUUAAUAUUCGUGUUAAUUACAAAAUCAUUCAGAUGUGAAAGAAAAGUGUUUUAAAUGUUUUCUUUGUAUGUGUAUAUGUUAAAAAGGCCCUAAUGUUGGCAUACAGAAGCAAGGAUACUUGUAUGUUUGGCAAGAAUACCUGGUCUUCACAUUUUCAUCCUUACAUACAGUAUGGUCCUGCAGGUCCUAUGAGGUGUAAGCAAGGUUUCUGGCUUUGUGCUUUAACUGACAGCACUCCCUGACAUUACUAGGAAAAUAAACACUGGAAAGAAUCAAAUAUAUUUGUUGACACUCCGCUGAAAGCUGUCUUAGUUCUAACUUCUCAUGAAGCGAUUGUGUUUGCUUCAGUUUGACCUUUUUCUCAGUGUUAAUUGUUCCCUCCCAAUCUCCUGAAUUGAAAAGUUGCAACUGCAAUGAAAAUUCUCUCUCAGAUGUCUUAGGAUUUUUUAAAGUUAAUUAUAAAUCAUUUUUGAGAGAAAGAUUACUUGCAUAAAAUAAACACCGAAUUUCAAAUAAAUACAAAUGCAAAACUAGGUGCUUGAAAUAUAAAAUGUUCUUAAUGAUAGGUAUAGUGUCAACUCUGCUCCUUUUGGUUUUUGUAGAUUUUCUUUUUCAGUUUAAAAGGUAUCACAGUUUUUGGUCUAUAAUUACUUCAAUCCCCAUCUCCACCCCCAAAUACCUGCCAAGAUAACUUGCAUAGUGUGCCUUUUUUGUUAAUGUAAAGAGCACUUUGAAGCCAUUAUAUUGUGAAUGGAAGUGGGACACUGUUGUUCACUGCAUUUCUGAGUUGCUUCACUUUGAAAUCUCCUUGACGUUUCAGUUACCUUGUCAGCAUUAAUCUGCUCUUUUAGGUGCUGCAUAAAUGCUUUUACGACUCAGUACCUUGCUUCCCAUAUACUCACUAUUCACUAUUAUUGGUAAACAGAAUCCCCUUAAGGGCGAUGGUUUACGACCAAUAGGCCUGUGAAAUGCAUUGCUUUCCAAAAUGUAACCAGAUCCUAUCUAAUGUGAUUAUACGUUGCCAUAAGGAUAGCCUGAUUAUUUUGGGGAGGGCUAUUAAGAUUGUUAUGUGGGAUAUGGAGUAGAUUUAAUGUAUUCAUUAAUAUUAAAAGUGUCUGUAUUGUAGCAUGUAGUAUAGGCAAGGCUUGUGUCCAUUCCUCUGCACUUCCUAUUUCAGAAGUGGAACUUGUAUUGGUGUUCUGUAUAGCAUUGCCAAUUAACUGAGGAACUGAAAGUGUCCAGCCAUUGAAAUACGUUGUCUGUUCUAGUGAAAUUAGCAUGUUGAUCUCUUCGUGGUCUGCCUAAGUCUCAAUAAUCCAUAGGGCCAGUGAUGCACAGGGAAGUAACAUGGUUACCAUUCUGCCUGUCUAUGGGACACAGUUUUGUUUAUACAAAAGGGUUUGUUUUCAUUCAAAAUAAAAAAAUAUGCUGUUUCUCCCCACCCCCCACCUCUACCCAUGUAUAUUUUACCAUCAGCUGCAGUAGACUACUUUUUACAAAUACAAGUUACAAUGACCAUCGCAGCCUUUAUGCCUGUGAGAUAUGAGUCAAAUCAUCCCGACUUUCAUGGGUGACUAGUGCUGUCUUAGUCGUAGGGGGGCAUGUGCAACAAGUCAACGAUGUGGGGGGGAGUCCCCCUGCAGCCACUCUCACUGACCCCGGGGGGAGGGGGGGGGGGGGGCAGUGAUCACUGUAGCUGCUUCUGGAAGUGCCACGGCGCUCCACUCCCUGGCCAGCACUUGCAGGGGGGCACCAGCACUCCCACCUGAGCCCCCCUGCCUGUUGCCUCAGCAGUGAGUAUGGCCAGUCAGGGGAUGCACUGGUGCUCUCAGGAGGUGCAUGUGCACCCCCUACCCAUCAUCACUGCCCACUUUACACAUGGGAAGGCUAAGGUAGAAAAUUAGUGCCUUUGGCAAGGCUGCACUAGGAAUUAAGUGUCAGGGCUGGGGAUUAAAAAGCAGGAAACACUUCGUAAAAUAAGUACAGGACGGAUAGCCAAGCUGUAUGUCAAACUGCUGAAUUGCCUUGCUUGUAACAGUGACGUUGGCUGCUUAGAGAAGCUGGCUCAGCUACAGCUUAAUAAACUAGAAAAUUAUUGUUGGAAGCUCAAUUAAAAUUACUUGCAGCUGGAUGGCAGUGCCCUUCACCACCACAAAUUUGUGAAGCUCCUACUUGUGUUUGUGAUUUUUCCCUUGAAAAGGGAAUAUGGAGAACCGGUGACCUUUCAGAGGUGGCAAACUUCAACUGCUGUGAUGAACAUAUAUGUUUAAAGGGAGAUUUGCUAAAGACAAGUGGCUGAAAGUUACUCUGUCUCCCUUUAUUUUCAAGUUUUCUAAGAACUCAGCGCUGUUUCCAUUGUGGUAUGAAAUUACAAUUGAAUGUAGAAAUUGUUGAAACUGAACUUUCAAUGUCCUGUGAGAAGCUAGUUACCUCAGGAUUUUCUCAUGGGCCUUGAAAAGGAAACAGAAUUGCAUCAAUUGGACUUUGUCCACAUUUGUGUUGCUUGGAUGUAUGACACCUUAAAGUGUUAAAAAUCUUUUUCACUGCAACACCCUUGGUUAUAUAGUAUAUUGUUAUCUGACUGUCACCCAGCAAAAAAAAACAAAACACUACCUUCAGGUUGGGCAGUAGGCCACCAACUGAACUGAUCAGAAAAAUAAUCCUCCAAGGACUAGAUUGUUAAGGCUAAUUUUAGUUAGCUUUCUAUCAGCUAAACCAUCUUUCUUAAAAAAAAAGAAAGAAAAGAAAAACAUGUUUUUGUACAUAUAUAUAUUUAAUAAGGAUAGUCUUGCUUUGAGGAGAGCCAAAAUAUUGGAAAAAUUGGCAUGUGUAAAUAGACCAUUAGAAGAAUUCCAAAUAAUCCAGUUUAUGGACUGGGAAUCUUCCACCGCGGUUUCUGUGUAGGCCUAUGACAGGGUAUGCAGCUUCAGGGUACAAUAAGCCUCAAUAUUUGCAUUCUUCUAUAUGUGUUAAAAAACAAACUGCAGUGGAGUGCUUUACAUACCGUACUUUAACGUGGAUAUGCUGUAGUGGCAAGUACAAACAAUUGAGCUGUCUCUCACAUCUUGAUACCAAAGACAUUUGCAGAAAAUUUAAAAAAAAACAAAACAAAAAACCCCAAACAGAAAAAUUUAGUUGUCUUUCACAACCCAGUUGUGACCUUUCUGCUGCUGUCAUGUCUGGAAGCCCUUCCUUAUUCUCUUGUGUCUAGAACACACAGUUUAGUUAUUCAAAAACCUUGGUUGUAACCACCCAUAAAUACUAUUUGUUUUUACUUUAUAUAAAAAAAAAACAAAAAACCAUCAUAUCACUUCUUAAACCAACCAGUUUCUAGUACCUGCUGCUUCUCAUCUGAUGCCGAGCAGUACCUUUAGCCUUAGAGUAGUGUCAGAAGCUGCGUCUGGACUACUCCAGAAUUAAGUACAGUACCAGACAAACAUGAGUGGCAGAAAUGCAUCCUUAAUUAGCAUUGCUUUGUUACAUGCAUUCAUGCAAGUGCAUUUUUUGUAUUCUCUCUUUAUAGGAUUGACUCUUCAGAGCAGGGACUAUAUGUUUCUCCUGUGUGCAUUAUACAGUUUCUAAGCAUGUUGUCAGUGGUUAACAAAUAAGUAAUGAGGCCAAAGUCUGCUUCCAAUAGUACAUCCUUGGCAACCUCACGGAAGUCAAGCAGAGGUACUCAAGAGUUAGCCUUACGGAAUGGCCUUUUUUUUUUUUUUUUUUUUUUUUUUAAGGCAAGUGCAAAUUUUGGCAAAAAUAAUAGUAACAACAAUAAUAAUAAUACUUGUCUUGUGUGAAUUGAUGACUGAAAUUAAUUCUAAACAACCGAGUUUGCUGACUAAGAAUCUUACAAUACUAUUUCUGGACCAGGACUGUGACCAUGACCAGGUCUGCAAGGCUCAAUAUUUGGGUUUCAUGAUCAUAUAAAAGAGAACAGAACCUGGCCAAUAAUGUUUGCACAUACAAAGAAGUGAAUGCUCUCUCCUCAACUGAACUUAGUUCAUAUUGCAAUCAGUAAGGCUGCCGGUGUUAUUCAGAAAUGACAAGUUGAAGUUAAGGUGGAAGGAUAUUUUUUGUUACUGUCCAUAAAUUAAAUAUUUUGCUAUAACAAAUUUUCCUGAUAUUCCCAUAACUGCUAAUCUUGGUGUUGACUAAAUAUAGUCAGCUAUUUAAGGGAUCUUCCACCAAGAAGAAUUCAACCAGGAGUCACAAAAAAGUAGCUGGCUUACCUAUUGAAACUUGGUAAAUGCAUAACCUUAUCACUAAUUCUGUUACUGUACUUUUUCAGCUGUUACAUUCUACUCUUGUACCUUCUGAUUUUGAAAGCAAUAAAACAAAUUUUAUUACACUCUUGAAUAGUUGCCAUAAAUUCAAAUUUAUUUUAAAUGGUUCUUUAUUUUUAUAUGAAUUGUUGCAUACUUCAUAUUAGUAAUAUGUCCUUAGUACAAUAUAAAAUAACUCCUGGAGGUUGAUUCACAAGAGCUGGGCAGCUUCCCAGUGCAAUAAUGAAGACAUGAGAGAGUUCAGAAUUUCUUGUAUUUCUUGUUUGUCUUGGUUUUAUUUUUCUGGUUUCUGUGUUGGAAAAAGUAUGUAUAAGCUACUAUAUUACAGAUGCUAAAUUUAAAUUAUUUAUUUAUAUUUUUUUAAUUUUCAUUUCUUUUUUCCUAUGGAUCAUUAGUGAUUUUUUAAGUUGCUAGAGGACAGAUAUCUUAUCUUAUUAUUUAUGAUUAUUAUCACAUAACUAUCAGACUUCAAAGGUAUUAUUUUCAUGACCAGAACCAGUCUUGUUUUCCACUUCACUUACUGGAGAAAAAAUUGGAUCAUCUUUACAUGAACCUCAUGAAUUGUUUUUCUCUCUCUAACCAGGUUCAGUUUAAUAAAUGUUAUUUGUAAAAGGUCA